AUGACGAGACCUGAUCGAUACGAGUCAAUCAUUCAUUCUUACCAGGAGGCCUACGCGAAGGACCCCGUCGUCCUGAAGUUUAUUAGCCGAGCCCUGGAAUACCUGCCCCCAAAAGCCAAUAUCCUGGAUUCCGGUUGCGGCACAGGAAAUCCCGUGUCAAUGGCCCUGAGCGAUGCAGGGCACAAGGUGAAGGGCAUCGAUAUCUCGCCAAGCAUGAUCGCCAUGAGCAAGGAGAAUGUGCCCUUGGGUACCUUUGAGGUAGCCGACAUGCGCACCUACCAACACCCAACCGAACAGCCACUCGAUGCCAUCUUCAAUGUCCGCGCCUUGUUUGGCAAAUACCGAGAGGAUAUCGAGGGCAUCAUACAGAAUUGGGGAACUUGGCUGCAGAGAAAUGGUCUCCUUUGCAUGGUAGUCCUGGCGGCCGAUGACUAUGAUCCAGCCAAGAUUGUCCGCAGCCUCGACGCCGAUGGAUGUGCUGUAACUGUUACAAGGAAGUUCAUGGGAAAGGAGGGACUAAACACCUUAUUUUCUCGAGCUGGUUGGAGGAAUAUCUUGGCUCAAAAUGGGUUUGAGAUUGUGGAUGAGAGAAUGGAGGUUUUCGUGCCACCCCCGGAGGUGGACUCUGAUGAUGCCCCGCAGUUUUGUUUUAUUGCGCGGAAGCUAUAG